AUGGACUUCCACCGCCACGGCUUACUGACCACGCUGGGCUUCGCCGCGCUGACGGGCAACUCCGCGCUCGCCAACUACCGGUUGCGGGACGACCCGCGCGCCGUCGCGUUCGCGCUGCUCUUCCACUUCCUGCGCAAGUUCGAGCGCGGGGAAGGGGACGGGGGCAGGACCAGGGCGGCGGUCUGGCUGCUCACGGCCAUUUUCGCCGCCAGGGUCGCCCCGAUGAUGCCGCCGGCCGACGGUGCCUUGGUGUACCUGACGGCGGCCGGGACCACCGGCGCUGGAUUCUGGGCCUUGUUUCUCCAUAGCCAUUGA